UCCCCGCGCCGCCAUCUCAUCUUCCCGUUCUCUCCCCACCCCGAGCGAUCCAUCCAUUCCCCCUCCCCUCGAGCGAUUCCCCGGUUCUCCUCCGCAAUCCGCACCCAACUCCCUUCCAAGAUCCGAUUUCCCCACCACCGCUCGGUCGCCUAAACCCUAGCGCCGCCAUGGACUCGGCGGCGCUCUCGCUCACCUGCGCCGGCCUCGGUGGCGCCGAGGAGGACGACGGCGGCGCCGUCGUGGGCUACGCCAAGGGCGAGCACUGCCUCGAUAAUCUGAAGGAUCUGCAGAGAUUCCUGCGGCGGGAUGACCCGCAGCGGCGGGAGGUUUUCAAGCAGGUUUGCAAGUGGAAAAUCGCAUCUAGAGAUCUGGUGCCCAUCAUUGAGAAUUACCAGGCUGAUCGCAACCUGGUGAUCACGGCAGUGAAAGUGCUGGUAUUCCUUACAAUGCCUGUGGAGCCGUCAUCAGAGAAUGUUGCACAACAGAUAGAGUAUCUUUGGGAUCUGAAGGCAGCACUGACGCGCAAUGUUGCUAUGGCUGUCAUUGUGUCUCUUCUUGAAGAUCCACUGGACCAUUUGGAAAGAGCUUCAUUCACAGAAGAUGACUGGAAACUAGUUCAGUUGGUGCUUACUUUGUUCCGCAACAUCUUGGCUAUUCAAGAAAUCACAUUGGGUCAGAAGGCAUCUGGAGAAGCUACCCAGUUGCUCUGUCUAGCUGACAGCUUUUUAGAGCUCAUGUUUCAAGAGAAUGUGAUGGAUCUAAUAUUAGUGCUGACUCAACAUAUGGAUGAGCCAUCUGGUUAUCUCCAGCAGGAAAACCUUCUUCUUUUGGAAAUCUUUCAUUACCUUUUCUUAGGCCGGGAUCCAGAAUUGAUUGCUAGAGCUUCUACUGCAGGUUCAAAGGAACAUGUUGAAGGAAAUAUCGAUACAUCAGUACAUUCAUUGAGAUUAAUGAUGGAGGAGGAAGAGAGGAAAAAGAGGAUGUUCAGGCAACGAAACUCAGAGCAUCACUCAAUCAGUGGAAUUUUUACAUGCACGGCAGUGGACGGAUCUAAAUCCUUGUGCAAAGGGAACCCCAACUCCGCAUCUGCAAAUAGCCUAAGGAAAAUACGUAAUGUCCAAAGAGGGCCCCAGAAAAGGAUUGCCUGGGAUAAUGAGCUUCUCUACACACCGAGAGAGGGCACAAUGGAGAUGAUAAGAAAUUUCCUGGAACAAUUUUUAUCUGGAGGAUACAAUGUCCUCAUGCAGUCUGUCUGUGAUGAUAUCGUAAAGGAGCAUCAUUCUAUCCAGAAAUCUGACAUCACUACAUUCUUCAAAGUUGCUCGCUUUGUCUUAGCUUUUCAACACGAGAAGGCAUCAAAUGCUCAGAAAUCUAAUGCUGCGGUCCAACUGCCUGAGGCUUCUCCUAGCGAUCAUCUUGAUGAUAAUCUGCCGUUUCUUGGUGACAUAUGCGGACCUGUUGCAGCCACAUUGAAUGAAGGUAUGUUUAACUUGGUCAUCUCCAGGUGGCGUGAGGCCUAUGAUAGCCUGAAGGAAACACAUGAUUACAAGACUCUUUCAGCAGCUGGGUCUCUAAUGAAGAACAUGAUUGACAUGGUAUAUUUGGUGCUUAAAGUACUUCCUGAUGAUUCAAGAGAAUCUCAAACAGCUCGUGUUUUACUGUAUAAGCUGUUUUAUGAUCAGACAGAACAAGGGCUCACUCAAUUUCUGCUGAACUUAUUCAGAUCAUUUGAUACUCAUAAGCAACCAAAAAGUGAUCUUGCAGAUUUACUAGGAACAAUCCAUAUCAUGCUACAGCUCAUGGAGAAGCUUCAAGCACGUGGUGCAUUAAGGGUUGCAAAAAGGACAAGAAAAGGAAGAAAAAAGAAGGCUUCAAAGAACAAAAUUGAGAACACAAAUCUCAAUGCAGAGAAAAUGGAACAGAGCAAUGUUGAUUCAACAGAUGGGACUAAAUCUGCACUUGAAUCACUUCCAGAUUUGAAAAAUGUGGAUUCUGUAGCAGAGCCUCCUCUCACAGAGCAAGAAAAAGUUGUCUCCAACGGCAUGGAUGCACCAGAUGAACUUGCUGGCACAUCAGUUAAUCUGGAUAGCACCUCGCAUUGUGAAGGCGAGCCAUCUCGUGCAGACAAUGGUGAACUGAAAGGAAAUCUAAUUGAUGAAGAGGAUGGGACUUCAGACUCUUCACUUGAUGAUCAACCCCCUGCUACUAGUGAAGUUGAUUUCAAUGUAUCCCGACUAAUAUCUACUCUUGCGAACAAUUCUGUUGUCCAAAAUAUAUGUUGGUUGUUGAAGCAUUACAAGAGUAACUCCUUUCGAACAAAUCACUACAUAAUAUGCAUGCUGCGGAGAUUUUGCGAAGACCUGGAAUUGGCACCAAUGCUCUAUCAGCUGUCCCUUCUAACUACCUUCUAUGAUAUAUUAGCUGACGAGAAAUCAUCAAAUUCAAAGGAGUAUACGAACAUUGUAAAUUUUCUUUCUAAAAUUGUAAGAAAGAUGCUGAGGGUAAUGAAGAAACAACCAUUGCUAUUUGUUGAUGUACUCUUUUGGAAAACACGCAAGGAGUGCCAUUGCAUUGAUGCUGAUGCUCUUCUGAGUGAUAUCACAAAAGAUGCUACAAACAAGGGUGGCGAAAUUGGUUCAAGUAAGGGAUGGAGAGGUUCAAUAAACAUAGCAGAUUCUCUUGGUGAUGACGAAGUGGACUUGGUUAUACCACAUGAACCAUAUAAUGCUGAUAAGGAUGAUGAUUCAUCGUCUGGCGAACAUGAAGAUGUUUCUAAGAGAAGCAUGGGUGCCACAAAUAAAAGUAACAGGAUAUUGUCAUUUUCAGACAGUGAAGCUGACGAUAAUGAUAGGAACACUGUAUCAAGAGGUUCUCAGAAUUCUGAAGCCCCCAAAAGGCGAGGUCGUUCCAUUUUUAGUGAAGAGCAAGAGAAGCUUAUGAGAGAUCUUUAUGAAAAAUACAAAGAUGACCGCAAAUGCACUCAUCUCAUUGCUGAAGCUUUAGACCCCAGUGGAAAGAUUUCUUCUGUUCAAGUUUAUCGAAAGCUCACACAGCUAGGCCUGAGGAAUGCCAUGAAGAGGAGGACAAAAGUUCCAGAGGCACCUCUUUCAGCUCAAGAAUUGGCUACACAGACGGACCAGAUGCUAGGUGAACACAACUGUGAUCCCAAGCCAGAAACGACCCGGCGCAGAAGGAAAAGGCAAAAUGUGUCGCAUGCUAGCUAUGAGGACAACACUACCGAUGGAAAAUCAUCUGAUGAAGAAACAUUACAAGCAAUUAAAAGCAGAACAAAAAAUAAGAAGGUACCACUUGUGGGUUUCUCACCUAGUACAUCACAGCAUCAAGAUGGUUUGGCAGACCCGGAUUCUGAUGAUGAGACCAUAGGAUCUAUGCUCAGAAGUGGAAAAAAGAAGAGGCUGUUGACGCCGGACAAUGCAAUGAAUAUAGAGAAACAUCAGGAGUCACCAGACAGUACAAACACCAGUAAUUAUUCACCGGAAAUAUCUCAAAAACAAGAAGCCCUGCAAGACACUUAUUCUGGUGAUGAGAUCAUAGACUCUAUGCAUAGAAGUGGGAAAAAGAAGAGGUUAUUGAAGUCAGGUUUUGCAGCAAAUACACAAGAACAUGAAGAGCCUUUGAAAAACAUAGGUCAAGACGAUGAAACUAUCAGUUCUAAGGAUAAUCUGCACCAUGGAUUAAAUUCGUCUAAUAACAGUGGCGGUGCUGGUGAAACAGAACUUUUGGAUGACUUCAUUGAGCCUGAGCUAGAUAACGUUGAAAAUACUGAGCAAAGGGUAAUCGAUGAUAUAAAUAUCACCGAAUCUGGGGACAUGGAAAGCUCUUUUGCUGAUCAAAAGCCUGGUCUGAAAAGAAGACACAAGUUGGUAAUUGAUGAUGAUGAUGAUUAAUUGCCCAGAGGUUUAAGUAGUUGUCGUUAAAGGGAUAGAUAGAAAUGGAUGAUCUGCUACAGUACCCCCCCCCCCCC